ACAGAGUAAGAACGCAAUGCGAUCGAGCGGUUUGUACACUACGGUGACGUCUCCGGUGCCAAGGAGGAUGUUGUGGGGCCCUGCCGUUGCCGGGUCGUUCUUGCCCAAACAGGCAAUCUGUUUUUUCUACACUACAUUAAGGCAAAUUUUGGUCUCCCCCCAAGACCUCUCUUGCAACGCCAGUGCAGCAUUCCAGCAGGCAAUUUAGCUCCUAAAGGCCGGAUCUUAUGUUUACCCUUCCUUUCACUUAAGCCACUUGCUAUUUGUUUUCGCUCCUGGCCAUCACUGGUGUUACAUUCCCGUUCAAGUUGCCUACCCAACGAGCAUUCCGUCUCCCAUCCGAGCAAGCGCUAGAAAAUAUAAAGACCAUGUCUUCCAACGUUCUCAUGGCCAAAGACGCCAACGCGGCACUUUCAACCCAAACUAUCUCGCUCGAGCCGGAUUCAAACCCCGUGAAGCCCGAUGUUAUGAGCAUGGAGUACCACAGACAAGUCUUUCAGUCCAAGAUGGAAAAGGGAGAGAAGACGUACAUCUCCCCGUCGGACAACAUCAUGAGCCCUUGCACCGCAAAGCUCAGCGCAUUUCGAAAUAAGCAGGUCGGCAAAGUCAAGCCAAAGUCGCUGUUUGCCCAGGCAUCAGCUAAGAAGCUCGGAACCGGCAACGGCGGUGAUGGACUCCUCGGCACCACGCCUGCACGCUCGGAGGGCGCGGCGAACUGAGACCACCCACCUGUCGCAUAAGCACGCCUAACGACAACUGCCGCCUGGCUGUCGUGAGCAUUGAUGGCGCUUCUUCUCACUACUUGGCUGCGGUUCCUGCAGUCGUCUCUUGUCUCUCGGUUUGGGGCUUUUCUUUUCGUUGGACAUAGAGAUCUCUCUGUAAUGGUCUCUACAAAGGAAGGGUUUAUUGGGUUCAGGCAUCCGGGGGCGUUCGGGCAAAUGUGUGUCUGCUAGUACGGGACGU